CAGAUUUCUUUAGCUGAGAAGAAAGACAGAGGCCGGCAUGCACAGCCUUCCUCUGCUGCUGCUGCUGCUGCUCUGGAGCACGGGGUCUCGUGGCUUCCCGACAGCGACUUCAAAAAUACAAGAAGAUGAUGUGGAGAUGGUCCAGAAAUACCUGGAGAACUACUACAACCUGAAGAAUAAUGGGGAACAAAUUGAAAGGCAGAGAAAGAGUAGCCUCGUGGUUGAAAAACUGAAGGAAAUGCAGAAAUUCUUUGGGCUGAAAGUCACCGGGAAGCCAGAUGCUGAGACCCGGAAAGUGAUGAAGCAGGCCAGAUGCGGGGUGCCGGAUGUGGCUCGGUUCGCCCUCACUGAGGGGAACCCUCGGUGGGAGAGCACACACCUGACCUACAGGAUCGAAAAUUACACACCAGAUUUGCCGAGAGCAGAUGUGAACGGCGCCAUCGAGAAAGCUUUCCAACUCUGGAGCAGGGUCUCACCCCUGACUUUCACCAAGAUCUCUGAGGGUGAAGCAGACAUAAUGAUAUCCUUUGUCAGGGGAGAUCAUAGAGACAAUUCUCCCUUUGAUGGACCGGGAGGAAACCUCGCUCAUGCUUUUCAACCAGGCCCACGUUUAGGAGGGGAUGUUCAUUUUGAUGAAGAUGAAACGUGGACCAGCGAUUUCAGAAAUUACAACCUGUAUCGUGUGGCCGCCCACGAACUGGGCCACUCCCUCGGACUCUCUCAUUCUACUGAUAUUGGGGCUUUGAUGUACCCCAACUACAUCUUCAGCAGUGACGUUCAGCUGUCUCAGGAUGACAUCAAUGGUAUCCAGGCCAUAUAUGGACCCUCCAAAAACCCCACCCAGCCCGUGGGCCCACAAACCCCACAGGUGUGUGAUAGUAAGCUAACUUUUGAUGCUGUAACUACGAUUCGGGGAGAGGUGAUGUUCUUCAAAGACAGGUUCUACAUGCGCAUUAGUUCUUACUACCCAGAACCUGAGCUCAACUUCAUUACUGUUUUCUGGCCAAAUCUGCCAAGUGGACUUGAGGCUGCUUAUGAGGUUGCUGAUAGAGAUGAAGUCCGGUUUUUCAAAGGUCAUAAUUACUGGGCUGUUCAGGGACAGGAAGUGCUGGCGGGAUACCCCAAGAACAUCUACAGAUCCUUUGGCUUCCCCAAAAGUGUGAAGAAUAUUGAUGCUGCUGUUUUUGAGGAAGCUACUCAGAAAACAUACUUCUUUGUUGGUGACAAGUACUGGAGGUAUGAUGAAUUCAAACGGUCCAUGGAUGCAGGUUAUCCCAAAAUGAUAGCAGCUGACUUUCCUGGAAUUGGCAAAAAAGUCGAUGCUGUUUUCCAGAAAAAUGGAUUUCUCUACUUCUUCCACGGAACAAGGCAAUACAAGUUUGAUCCUAAAACAAAGCGAAUUUCGACUCUCCAGAAAGCUAAUAGUUGGUUCAACUGCAGACAAAACUGACCAACUGUUUCCAUGUGGAACAGAAAAAAUUUAUUUUGAGAACCCAAGGAAGGUGUUUUCAUGAAGAGCCAUAUUUUUAAAAAAUUCAGGGCUAUUAAGUAUAAUUUUCUUUGUACCUCAUUCCGCACGUGCUUUUUAUAAUUUAGAACGUCAUGUUUUAUGUACUGUUAUAAUUUAGUUCCACAAAUGAGUGCUAAGGAAGGUCAAAUUCAUAGCUUAUCAUUACACACCAGCCAGUUUUGGAAAAAAGAGAAGCUCUUUUUCAAAGUAUAACACUGACAUCAAACCUGGGGAGCAACCCCAGAGAUGAACGUGUCCUUUCAAUAAAGAGAGAGAUACGCGUCUUCACCAGAGAAAACGCAGUUCAAGAACAUCUGUGCAGCCACUAGCUUAUCAUCCUGAUGUGCACGGACAGC